CACCCAUCAAGAUGUAUUCGAUUACUGCUGUUAUCCUGGCUUUGGCCGUCGGUGGCCAUGCCAUCUCGCCACGGGAGUCCAACUCCUUGGGAGAAAGCCUCGGCAUUAAGCCCGACUCGAUGAUCAGCUACGAUGGAAUUUACUUCGGCUGGGCUCCCAACUACAGCCCGCAGGUAACCCUAGCCGACCUCAACGAAGCAACUGGCCAGAAAGGCGCAACAUACAACGUCUACUCGCAGAUCACGCAAGACAAUGUGGACUCGAACUCCUACGACGGCAACGAUCAGUACAAUGUAGACGACAUCAUCUCAUCCGGCGCGGUCCUGAUCGCAUCGCUCAUGCCAACGGUCGAUUGGACCGACAUCACCGAAGAACUCUGCAACUCCGUUGCAGACUACUUCAAAACCACAUUCACCAGCAAAAACGUCACUGUUUGGCUGCGAUACGCCCACGAGAUGAACUACUAUGCUGACCCGAGCGUGGAUACUUACCCCGGAGGCCGCGACUACUCCGCCUUCCUCACCACCUGGAAAUCCAUGCACGCAGCCACCCACCCCAACCCCCUGAUACACAUGUUCUGGUCGCCGAACGAAAACACCACCUCCGAGCCCGUCGCCCCCUGGUGGCCCGGAGAAGACUACGUCGACAUCGUCGGCAUGGACUACUACCCCGACGCCAGUGAUCUACCGGACUUUGCUACCGCGUACGGCGAUUUCUAUGAUACGUAUGCUAAGGGAUAUAGUCUGCCGUUUGCGAUCGCGGAGACGGGCACCCAGUUGGGGAGUGGGGCUGCCACUGUCGCGCAGAAGCAGCAGUGGUUGAAGAGUAUCAUUAACCCUGCUGCGGGGUUGGGGGAUUAUGAUGAGUUCUAUGUUAGUUGUACGUGGUUUGAGUAUGGGCCGCCGACUAACGAGGUGGACUUUUAUAUCGUGUAUGGGCAGACGGAGGCGGUGGUCGAGGAGACGAUUUCAAAUACGGAGAGUGGGGUGUAAGUAGG